AUGCUAACGGAAACGGGACAAACGGCAACGGAUGGUGGCAAAGGGAAUGGGCCCACACCUGCCAUACUAAGCGGGUCAUUGCCAUCUAGAGUAACCUUACCCAAGUAUUUUGGCUAUCUAGAUUUGCACAAUAAUAGCUUAAAAGGUGCUCGUCCUCUUCCUCUCGCUGGAGCUUAUCUGCUGGAUCUGUCGAUGAAUCAGUUUAAUGGUUCUAUUCCUAGUCGCAUCGGUGCGUAUCUUGAAAAUGCAAGGUUCUUAUCCUUGUCGCGGAAUAAUCUCAGCGGAGCGAUUCCAGAUUCUAUUUGCACUCCAUAUUUGCAGGUUCUUGACCUUUCAAAAAAUACGCUGAGCAGUGUCAUUCCUCCUCAUUUAACCAGGAAUUGUUCUUCUCUUAGUGUUCUAGAUUUGGCAGAGAAUCAUCUGGAAGGACCCAUUCCAAGAAACCUUACAAAUUUGCUCGCAAUGGUCAAUGCAUCGCAAAGUAAUCCAGACUAUCUCGAAGAAUACACUUCAAUUGGUGCUACAUAUACAAAUCAGAUUAAAAUUUCCUGGGAAGGUUGGGAUGUUGAAUUUGUGAAAGUUCUUUUCAUUCUUAAAUGUAUUGAUCUUUCAAACAACAACUUAUCUGGGAGCAUUCCUCCCGAAAUGGGAUCUCUUCAAGGCUUGAUAGCCCUUAACCUUUCAAGGAAUGAUCUCAGUGGCCGAAUCCCAAAAACAUUGGGACGCAUGGAUCAGCUAGAGUCUUUGGACCUCUCGCUAAACAGGCUGAAUGUUCUUAAAUCUAUCUUACCCCACGGGGGGCAGUUUCUAACGUUUGGGGAGUCGUCCUACUUGGGCAAUCCUAAGCUAAGUGGGAUUCCAUUUACCAAUGUAACCGUCUGCAACAACUCUUCUGGCUAUGGCAACUGCACAAGUAUUGAGAGAAGUGGUGAAGCAGAGAACUCAGAUGGUGAAAUGAUAGGAUGGGCAAUCGGACUUGGAUUGAGUUAUUGUUUGGGAUUCUCUAUUGUGAUUGGAAUAUCGAUCUUCAAUAAGAGGGAGGCCGAGCUAGGGUUUCGCGGCCCUAGCUCCCAGGCGAUGCUGAUGUGGGUUCGCACGGGGCGGGGAGUGUUGGGUGUCGGGGGAAGACGGAGGAGGAAGGAGUUGCUAGGGCUCGGUGGUGGCUGUGGGGGUGGUCGCCAGGAGGUGGGAGGGUUGAGUGGGGGUGGGGUUUUGUUGUUGCAGCCGAAGCUUUCCCGGGGGUUUGGGGUUUUAGGUGGGCCGAUCCUUGGUGGUGCGAGUGAGGGGAGGGGCCUUGGGUGCUGA